ACGGAAUUAAGACCUCACAUUCUCUGAAGAGUUAUUAAGGAUGUAGAGAAAUCUUUGCCUCCAAAAAUUGAGCGAAUUCUUAGGGUUGAGAUGUCUCCACUUCAGAAACAGUACUAUAAGUGGAUAUUGGAACGCAACUUCCAUGACUUGAACAAAGGAGUUCGUGGGAAUCAGGUUUCACUUUUAAAUAUUGUGGUUGAGUUGAAGAAGUGCUGCAAUCACCCCUUCCUGUUUGAGAGUGCAGACCAUGGUUAUGGUGGCGACUUAAGAACCAAUGAUAGCAGUAAACUUGAGAGAAUUAUUUUGAGCAGUGGGAAGUUAGUUAUACUCGAUAAGCUGCUUGUUAGGUUGCAUGAGACAAAGCAUCGUGUUUUAAUUUUUUCCCAGAUGGUAAGAAUGUUGGAUAUACUAGAAGAAUAUAUGUCACAUAGAGGGUUUCAAUUUCAAAGGCUAGAUGGCAGCACUAAGGCUGAACUGCGUCAGCAAGCAAUGGAUCAUUUUAAUGCACUUGGUAGUGAUGAUUUUUGCUUCCUUCUUUCAACUCGGGCAGGUGGCCUAGGUAUCAACCUUGCAAUAGCAGAUACAGUUAUCAUAUUUGAUUCGGACUGGAACCCUCAAAAUGACCUACAGGUUUGAUUGAAAUGAAAUCUCCUUUUAAUUUUUUAAUUUCUUUUGGGUAUUUUAUGUUAUUUUUUAUGGGUUUUUUCAUUGCAGAAUAUAAUCAGAGAAAAUGGUUUUACUUAAUUAAUGCGUUCAUUUUCAGCCAAUGAGUAGAGCUCAUAGAAUCGGCCAACAAGAAGUUGUGAACAUCUACAGAUUUGUCACAAGCAAAAGUGUUGAGGAAGAUAUCUUGGAGCGAGCUAAGAAAAAGAUGGUUGAUGAUAUUCUCUUCAAAUUCUUGAGAAAUUUGUUUGCUUUAUAGAGUCUAAUAAUGCCUUUUGUUUUCUCUCACAAGUUUUACUUACAUCUCUACAUGUAUC